CCACUCUCCUCGGCUGUUUACAUUCAAUGGCGGAAGUCGUUACACGUUGAGUGGUGACGCCAUGAUCAGAGAAGAGGUGAGUUGGCAGAUUAGAAAGUGGACCUCUUUGGAUCCUAGCCAUGGAUAAAGAGUUAACACCUUUGGACUGCCUGCUGCCCUCAGGCUCGCUAAGUAUCUGUCUGAUAAUUCUGAAUCAGCCUUUGGAUGCGAACUACCUACACAUCCUCUGGAGCAAAGCUCUCUUGAAGGCGUGUGCGGAUGGAGCUGCCAAUCACCUUUACAACAUCACUGCUGGAGGUUGUAACAGCUUCCUCCCCGACUAUAUCAGUGGGGAUUUUGAUUCCAUUACGACCGAGGUCAAAGCUUUCUAUGCUGACAAGGGGUGCAAGCUGAUAGAAACAGCCGACCAGGACCUAACAGACUUCACCAAGUGUCUGGCAAUCAUGCUGGAGGAGAUUCAGAGGAGAAAGUUAAAGGUGGACGCCAUCGUGACACUGGGUGGAUUGGCCGGCAGAUUUGACCAGACCAUGGCGUCUGUUGAGACCCUCCACCACGCUCUGUCCAUGACACAGCUGCCUGUGUUUGUCAUACAAGAGACAAGCCUGGCAUAUCUACUCAGACCCCAGGGCAGCCACAGACUUGGAGUGAACACGGGCCUGGAGGGCGACUGGUGUAGUCUCAUUCCAGUAGGUGGACCGUGCCAAACAACCACCACUGGACUCAAAUGGAACCUGGAUAAUCAAGUCCUGCAGUUUGGAAAGCUGGUGAGCACCUCCAACACCUACGAGUCUGUUGCUCCCGGAAACCCAAAGAAGCUUGUGACUGUGAUCACCGACCAACCACUACUUUGGAGCAUGGGGAUUCGUAAGAAUGGGGUCAACCCUCACACAGAAAAACAAUCUUCUAUAGAAUAGUGGCAAGCACUGUUGCCUUCAAUAAAAAUUACUCACAACUAAGGGCCUUUCUGUAUAGAAUUUGCACGUUCUCCGCAUGUGCACAAGGGAUUUCUCCUCCCACAUUCACUACAACUGGAUACUCAAAAUUGCCCAUAGGCAUCAAUGUCAAGGCAAAUCGUUGUUGUUUGCUCUGUAUCUUUGGCCCUGUGUUGGACUGUCGACCUGUCCAGAGCAGACCCCGCCUUUCACACCGAGUCACCCGAGGAUGGCUUCAGCGGCCCUGAGACCCUCAAAAGGAGGAUAACACAGCAGAUGGUGAAUACAUUUCAUAGUUGUUACCAUUAACAAUAAGGAUUGUAUGUAUAUACAUCCAUUUUCUACCACUUUAUCCUGCACAUGAGGGUAAUGGGGAGUGCUGUGCCAAUCUCAGCUGACAUAGGACAAUUUGACCGUCUAAUUUUUUUCCACUGCACAGAGAUAAAUUCAAAAGGGGAAGUCUGAAACCUGCCAUUGAAUAAGCAACUUCAAGAUUAUUGUCUUCAACAUUUACUAAUAAGGAAGCUUUGAGGUUUAGACUAUAUAUAGUGGAUAAUUAUAGACAAAGAACAUCACCCUCAUUACAUCUUCACUGAAAGUAUAUUGUACAUGAUUCUGCCACAAUUAUGUGCCUUUGACCAUCUCAUGUUCCUUGAAAUGAUCAGUUUCUAUCAAGUAUUAGGGGACAAAUGAAAUCUGUGUUCGUAUUUUUGAUGCGUGAAAAAAAACACUGUAGUUAAGGCCAUUUACAUAAAAUAGGACAUAUCUGUAGGUUUCCAUUUGUUUUAUUUACACAGCAAAAUAAAAAUGUUGUGCACAGAAUGUAAAAAUGCCAACCCUUCUGACCCAAUCACAUCAGCCCAAAAACACUUUACAGCACCGCCCCCCCCCAUGGUAUUGAAGUUUGUCCUUUCUUGUCCAGGAUUUAACCACCACUAGAAAAAAAGAAAAACAGUGUUACUAAUUGAAGAACUUGAAACAAGCCAUAUUUAAUUUUAUAUGAAACAAUCAAAUCUUCCGCAUAUUUCCAUAGUAUAUAUAUUAUAUUUUCUAUCAAAUUUAAAUGUUGCAAUCCAAUAUUAAGAUUUAACUAUGUAACUAAUAAGUAAUUAUCAUGUAUUUACAGUAUAUGUAAUUAAUAUUCCAUGCCCAAUGCAACACAGUAAAGAUAGUCUCAUGCAAAACACAACUGACGUUAUAGAGACGUGUACGCGUGUUUUGCUUCAAAUCCUGUAAACAUGUCAAUAAUUCAAUUAAUUGUGAAAAGUUCCCCAGUCCUACUUUUAGCAAUAAACACAAUGGUGAAUGUGAGACAUUAAAUGCAUACGUCAUUCUGUAACAAGGGCUGCAAUGACCGAUUGAUAACUGAAUGAAUCAUCUGUUUUGAUAAUCAGGUAAUUUGUUUGUGUUUUGUUUAUAAAUAAAAAUGAGAUCUCCGA